GGUCAAAGGGAACAGCAAUGGACGUACCGCAAAUGUAAACAGUCCGAUCAGUCGAAGGGCAGUGCUGAGAUAUGAGGCUUUUAUCGAAGGCGGUGCAGGCUGCAGCUGUGAGUCAGAAAGGGCAGAGCUGCAGACAUUUCUGGGGUUGGCUUAAUGCUGUUUUCAACAGAGUGGACUAUGAGAGGAUCAAAGCUGUCGGUCCAGAUCGAGCUGCAGCUGAGUGGCUGCUGAGAUGUGGAGCCAAAGUGAGGUUUCAAGGUUUCGAUCGCUGGCAUCACGACUACAACGGACUGCCAACUGGACCUCUGGGCAGAUACAAGAUCCAGGGGAUUGAUGCGACUGAAUCCUGCAUCAUGCACAAAGGGUUUGACCACCUGGAUGGUUUGAAAUACGUGGACGAAAUCAAGUUCUGUAAGUGUAUCUACAUUGAGGACAGCUGUCUGGAGAGGCUGAGCUCCAUAGAGAAUCUGCAGGACAGUUUGUACAUGUUGGAGGUGGUGUCAUGUGGAAAUGUGACUGAUAAGGGCAUCAUUGCCCUGCAUAAACUCAGGAACCUGGAGUAUCUGUUUCUAAGUGAUCUUCCUGGCAUCAAAGACAAAGAGACAACUGUUCAUCGAUUACAGACAGCACUUCCACGUCUGGACAUACAUCUGGACUUGGACUGAUGCAAGACCUGAUCUCAUGUGUGAGGGAAGACUGGAAUAUCCGAAGCUUUCAGAGUAAAAAAACACUAGAAAGUUUGAGACACAUCAUCUCACACUGACAUCCAUUUAAAUGUCUUUAUAUGUGCAUUUGAUGACACAAGUGCAAAAGUGUUAAAAUGAUGGUGUGGCUUCAUAGGAAAUCGUCAGGUUGGUGAUGUAUUAAAGGUGUCUACAGGUCUCAGAUAUGUGCAUUUAUUGCUUUUUAAGAACAUGAUUUGGUUGUAGAUCACAUUUGAGGCUGGGUUUUGGAAAGUAUUUGGUUUAGUAGUUGACUUACAGGCAGAAUAUCUUGACUCGCAUUGACAGAAAGGAAGAUAAAAGACAGAUGAAUGAAAUUAGAUUCAAUUUAUAUGGCAAAUAAGACCUCACAUACCCAGAUUAAACACAUGCCUGAUGAUUCUUGAUGCCUAAUAAUCAUUAAAUUAAAUCCUCCUCAUAUUUCCAGACUUCUUGAGCACCUGCAGACACCUGGGUAUAGUCAAGCUUUAAAGCAAAAAUGAGACACGUUAAAGCACUUUAUAAAGUUGACACCAGUUUUUCAUUGAAAGAAUGAACAAAUCUUUAGUUUAUUUAAGUCUCAGUAUGUAACAUACUAAAGGUUACUUCAUACGUAGGUACAGACAGAAAACAGUAGGUGAAAAUCAAGAUAAAAGUGUCUUUUCUCCUUAGAUUAAUUUGGCAUUUGUACAAUAUCUGAGGACAUACAGAUGGCUGAACAUCCUUAGCACCAAGUUCCAGAGAUAGUACAAGUAUAACAUGGUGUCUUAAAGAGCUAUAUGUUAGUAAAGGAACGGAAUUCACUCCUGUCGUCAAUAAAUAUUAUUUUUAUAAGUCAUAUUGUCACAAAAAGUUUGCCCUACAUUAUAGCUUACUCGGAACAACAGUAAAGUUGCUACCAAAACAUUCUUCCAUCGUUAUAUAAAAACACAUUUGGCAAACCAAUCAAGGCAUUUCAUUUUACCUUCGGUCAACUCACUGUCUACAAGCAGAGCGGUGGACCGCUCUCUGUCUUUACACAUCUACACAAAACACAACUAUAUCAGCUUGAAAUGUAGGCAACACACAUGAACCAACAGUCAACAUGUUUGUGUCGACGUGCUGGGGAUAGUGCAUAGACUGAUGUUGAUAUAAAGAGGAAAAUAAAAACUUUAAAAAGUG